UAACUACCGGAUUAGCAAAACCCAAAUUGCAAAAAUCAAUCAACUACAAUGGAGGUAAUCCGACGGCUAUCACAACGUUUCACUCCGACACCACUUGCCGGAAAACCCAUCAACCUAUACAAAACACCUCAAUUUCUCCACUCUAGAACCCCAAUCAUUCAAUCCCAACAUAAACCCAUCUUAAACCCUAACAGACCCUUCAGUUCUUCUACUUCUCGAUCUCCGGCGAGCUGGUUAUCCGGGUUUGGGAUGAUAAAGAAGAUUACGAAGUUGCCGCGUAUUUUGCAAGCCGGUCACCCGGUUCUUCAUGAACCGGCCCGAGAAGUGACGGUUGAAGAAAUCGGGUCGGAUCGGGUACAGAAGAUUAUUGAUGAUAUGGUUCAGGUCAUGAGGAGACGACCUGGGGUUGGUUUAGCUGCUCCCCAAAUUGGCAUUCCUUUAAAAAUUAUUGUGGUGGAGGACCUUAAAGAAUACAUAGCUGAGGCACCUGAGGAAGAGAAUAUAGCACAAGAUAGAAGACCUUUUGAUCUUUUGGUUAUUUUGAACCCGAAAUUAAGAAAGAAGAGCGAUAAAUCAGCAUUUUUUUUCGAAGGCUGCUUAAGUGUUGGUGGAUAUAGAGCAUUGGUGGAAAGGUACCUAGAGGUAGAGGUUAAUGGGUUGGGCCGAGAUGGGAAGCCCAUAAAGGUGGAAGCCUGUGGGUGGCAGGCCCGUAUUUUACAACACGAAUGUGAUCAUUUAGAGGGAACUAUGUAUGUUGACAAGAUGGUGAAGCGAACAUUUAGGACCGUUGAGAACGUGGACUUGCCGCUUGCUAACGGGUGUCCUAAGCAGGGCGUUCGAUGACAUUAAGUUAUACGAUGAUUUCAUACUAGUUAAGGUUUCUUGGCCUAGAUUAUUGUACCGGAUUUAUAGUCUCGCAAAUUGGACUUCAAAAUGUCAUAACUUGGAUGUUAAAAAAUUAUAGGAAUCAUCCAAAAUCAGAUCAUAAGAGUUGUAACCCAUUUAUGUAAGGUUUUUGUCUGUUUAUUGAUUUAAAGGUGUUCUCAAACAAGUAUACAAUUUCUUUAUUACAAUGUUGCUCAAAAUCC